ACGUAAAGCCGACCGAGCGCGUGUUUAUCAUACUGCGUCACGCAGUUUGAGAAAAGCUCUAUCUGCCCUCUUACACAUACCUGAGCUGGCAGAUGACCAUGAUUGGAGAGUGGAUUUGGACUCACAAUCUUUUGAUGAUGCGGCAAAACAUUUCUGUUUAUUUUUACCUCCGCCACCUUUGUUGGAGGACGCCAUGUUUUUGCUGCCAUUUGUUUGUUUGUUUGCUUUUGUUUCUACUUUUCCCAAUGGAGCUCAGAAAGUAGUGAAUGGAUUUGGAUGAAAUUCUGAGGAAAGGUGAUCCAUGGGCCAAGGAACAAUUGAUUUGAUUUUGACGCAAAUCCGGUAGUGUGUGUCAGGGUGGCUUGGUGCCGGCUCUGGUUCGAGCUCCUCUCCCCCAGGUUCACUCUUCUGGGGGCCUGAAGCACUUCCUUCCCUUCUCACUGGAAACAAGCCCUGCCCUCAACCUGCUGCCCACAUUCAGCUCUAUGGACCCGGUUCAGAAAGCAGUCCUACAUCACACAUUUGGCAUUUCUCCUUUAUCUAAAAGGAAGCAUGUCUCCUGCAACGUGUGCCAACUGCGAUUUAAUUCACAGAGCCAAGCGGUUUCCCACUACAAAGGCACCAAGCAUGCCAAGAAGCUUAAAUCUCUGGAAGUGCCCAAGUGCAAGCAGAAAAGCCCUGCAGUGAUGAGGGAAAACAGGAAGGAGCCUGAGAAGAACCUCUCACUUUCCGCUCCACCGAGCACCACAGAGAGGAAAGAAGCCGUUCCUGAUCCGUUACACCCGGAGGUUCCUCCAUCCCCAGCUAAGUGCAGCUCCAGUGUGGCCUCCUCUGAGGCUGAGUUUACCUCAACAGAAGGACAGAGUCCGGACGUCACUCCUGGAGCAGCCCAGGACCCUGAAGCCGAGAAGGAGACGGAGGAGGAAAAAGCUUUGCGUCUUCUUUACUGCUCGCUUUGCAAAGUUGCUGUCAACUCGGCAUCCCAGCUCGAAGCGCACAAUAGUGGCACCAAGCACAAGACCAUGCUGGAAGCGCGGAACGGUAACGGCUCCAUCAAGUCCUUCCCCAGGCCAGGGGUGAAAAACAAGCUACUGUCACCUAGUGCUGCAUCGACCGGCCUGCAGAACAAGAUUUUCCACUGUGAAAUAUGUGACGUUCAUGUCAACUCAGAGACACAGCUCAAACAGCACAUCAGCAGCCGACGCCAUAAAGACAGAGCAGCAGGAAAACCAGCCAAGCCCAAGUACAGCCCCUACACCAAGACUCCAAAAGGACAGACCAAACAGCAAAUAGGAAACACACCAGUGAAGCUGCCUCUGAGUAAGGACAUGGGCCAGCCGCUGACUGCCACAAUAGUGCCCUCUCACUUGGCAGCCAUUGCCGCCGCAGCAGCAGCCGCCACCUUUCCAAUUCGCGCCAGCCAUAACCCGUCCCUUUUCCAGACUCAAUCUCUGCCCACAACACUUCUUCGCCCUGCACCUGGGCCUAUUAGGACCAGCCAUGCGCCAGUUCUGUUCGCUCCCUACUGACCUCCGAACUGUGACUUCGGAUUAAGUCUGAUGCACCAUCUCAGUGCUAAAUUAAGUGUGGUCCAGUCGUGUGGAUUAUUGCCUUUUUUUGCUCAUCGUCACACAAGAAUCCUGUAUGGAUCUGAUGUGUGAAUACUAUACCGCAAUAAUAAUAAUAAAAAGACAAACCAGGUAACUAUGCAUUGUCAUCACCAUAUGACACACAGACUCUAAGCUCUAAAUGGAUUUAGAGAUAUUGUUGAGGGUGGGGCUUUUUUUGGUCUUGGUCACGUCAUUGCUUCUGAAAAAUAAUUUUACAUCUGAGAAUAGAGAGGCUAAAGUAUGGGAAAAUAAGUUCUACUACUCAGCUGUUUGCACUUUAAGCCCUUCCUUCUGUGGAUGUCUUCAGUGCUUUAGAUCAGUAGAACGUGGUUUAUUCCUUCCUGUAUUUUGUUUAUGGUUGUAUGUACAUGCAUUUGGUGUCAUGUGAACGGAAAAUGGGAAUGCUCGAGGGAAAGUGAAUUACUGCUGAUUUAUUACCUGCUAAGCAAAAUGUGUGUGUGUGUGUGUGUGUGUGUGUGUGUGUGUGUGUGUGUGUGUGUAUAUAUAUGAGUUUGUACAUUUCUUGAAGCUUCCCAUGCAAAAAUCUACACAAGUCACAUGGAUGGUAAAGAGUAAAGCUUGUCUGUCUCAUCUAACAAUGUGAAAAAAAGAAAGGUUUCAAAUAAAGUCUUACUUUGCUAA